AUGCAAGGUUCUUCGAGGAUUCUGGAUGCCGACUUCAAUCGUUCUGUGGACUCUGGCUUCGUCGAUAUCACAGUGGGUGAUCCACCAGAUGUCUCUUCUAUGGCUGCAGCCCCUUCCCCACAACUCUCCUCGCACGAACGCAUCAAGUCUGCUGUCAAAAUUCUUCGUGAUGGCCGCAUAUCAAUCAUAGGCUUCAUGCUCACCAUCCUUGACCCUUCAGAACUCGAUUUUGCCUACAAUCGCGACUGGAUUUAUAACUGUUCUAGGCAGGAGAAGGAAACUGUUAUUGGGCAGGGCAAAAAAGGCAAACUCGAGAAGAUGUUCGACCACUUAUUUGCAGACUCUAACGAGAUGGAUAUGGUGAAGGAAGCUCUCCGCAGGACACUCGACUCUGUAACCCCAGAGUUUCUAUCAACAUGGGACCUCAAUUCAACCAUGCGAAAUGUUGUUGUGCCGAAAGCACCUGUUCUACACCAUAUCCUUCGCUGUGCAGCUCAGUCUGAUAAUGCGAGGGAAAAGAAUAAGAUCAAGGAUUGCAGUACUGCUUGCAAUGUCAUCAUCACACAGCUUGCCUCCCAGCGCUCACAUCACAGCACCUUUAUUACAGCUCCUUUCACACUAUUUCUGUGGACAAACGGGGCUUCAAGGCAAACAAUCGAAGCCCUAUACAAAUGUGGCCUCUGCAUCUUGUUCACAUCCCUCUUCACACUGCUCGAAAAGCUUGCUGCACGCUGCAUUGAACAUGCAAGACUGCUCGCCCGUCAGCCACAUGUUAUGUGCUAUGACAAUAUCAAUAUAAGCACAUCCAUCUUCAUUGAACAACGAUCUGAUGCUCCAGCGAAGGUCCAGUCUGGAACCUUUGCCAUUCUCUAUGAAGUCCGUAAUGGUAAUCCAGAACACAUGCGCCUCUCACCGAUGUUGAACCGUGCCCUUGAUGCUACAGAGAUUUCAUUUGCAACUGAUGUUCGUCCUACCCGCGAUCAGAUGAGUUCAUUCCGAAGUCAACUCCACAUUCAUGUUAUCGAAAUUUUGCUUGCGAACUGCUCGAACAUUGCAGAUUACGAUCGGUCAAUGCUAUGUCACGGCGAACAUUGCAAAAUGCCUCAAGGCUAUUGGACCAAACAAUUGCCCUUGCAGACCUCCACUAUUGAUGAAAGUUCCAUCACCGGAAACAUUGCAAUCGAGCCAUUCCUAGUUUCAAUGACCAGUCUACCAAUGCUCGCAUUUGAGGAGCGAAAAUGUUAUGGGUCAAAGAUGUUAAUCCCUUCACUCGUCUUCAGGUCAUUCAACUUGGAUUUGGCCUGUUCCACCUCUGUCUUAACCUUGUCUGGGCACUCCUCCAUGUUCAUCAAGGAUCUAUUCAUUAAAUUGGUAGCCUCUCACUAUCACACCCUUCUUGCGACACUGAUGCAGAUUCUACGAGGCAUCAUCAUGAAUGCCUGGCACAAGGAGUGUGGGCACAUUUCAUUAGCUUCUUUUGCUUCUUCAGGACCUACUGCCGAUGACCUACUUGAGAUUGCAGACAAGAUUCUUGUCACACAUGCUACACCCAUUCACGAGCCUUCCAAGAAGAAACGAACCAAUAAAACCCUAUUUGAGAUGGAUUCUGAACCCAUGGAUACAGCACAUCGCAACCUGCAGCUUUUGACCCAUGAUCUUCUCUACGUUCUAGAGCUAACUAGCGCUAUCUCGCAUGGUGACUGGGGCUGCAUUGAAGACAUCCUUGGAACCCUGGCAAUGAUAUUCCGUGGCGCUGGAUCAAACAACUACUGCUCCGAAAUCCUUCAUUUUAUCUUCAACCUUAAGAAGAUCUGGACUCCCGAAUUCACGAACAUUAUGCGAGACAAUGCACUCGUCAACCUGACUGGCCUCAAAGGACAUUGCAUGCCUAUCAAUCUCAAUAUUGAACACCUCAUCAAAUUUUUGAAGGCAUGUUUAGCUGUGUAUCUGAAUGGGCAUCUACUCUACAUGGGAUCGUCUUGGCGACAUAUCAGUGACUGUUUCCCUACUACAAAACAUCAAAAAGCAAGUUGGACGUGCACUCGGUAUUGCCUAAAUCACACAACUCCCAAUGCAACACCUUCUAUCUGGAGAGUUGCAAACAAAGUUCAAGAACUAGGUCUCCACAUGUUCAACCAGGAUCGCGAGGAGAAUGAUUCAGUGAAGCCUGUCGUAGAUGUACUUGCAGAAGGCGAAUAG